AUUAGACUCAAAGAAAUUUGACUGACUUCCAAACCGUGAUAUAUUGUAUGGCUCAAAGACAAGUCUUUUGACUUAUUUUGGAAAACUUAUAGUCCGGUCAAAUUAGACUUAAAAAAAGGGGGUCAGGUUACAUAAAUUCCCAUUAAGCUGAAAAUCCAUUUAUUUUUCACCAUUAAAAAUUGUUUCUUGAAAAUUUUGAAAACAUUUUUAUAAAGAUAUGCAAAGACUAUAAAUUAAAGCUGAUUUAGCAACAAUUUCAUUUGAUAGCUUCAACUAAGUGAAGGGAAUAAGGUUUCAUGGUUUGUAAGAUUGGAAAAAAAAUACACUCUGGUCACCCUGACGUCUUAAGUAAUUUUAAUUGAACAAAUACCAAUACGAUUGUCUACUUUUUAUUUUUUUUGCUUUUGUGGCAGAAAAUGCAUGUGGGGUGUGGGCUUCAUAAUAAUGUUUCUUACUCAUAUGUAGUUAAUUCGAUACCUUGUGGUGGAUGUUGGUGGUGGCGGCAGUGUUGAGCUUAGAACUGUUGCUCAGCUGUUUAUUUAUUUUUCUAAACGAAUCGAUUCCAAGUCUACUAAUGAACUCACAUAUAAAUGCCGUAUAUAUAUUAUUGAAUUUAACCGCAGACAUUUUUUUUUCUUUUUAAUUUAAUCGAAUAUCGUCAUCACCACCUAACUGGGCGCGAUGUCGUUCUCCUUAAAUAAACUGCGAUCACUUAUACCGGGACAACAUUCGUCGUCAUCGAGUAAUGGAGCCAAACAAAGACAUUCGGUUAGUUUGGAACCGGAAAUUGGAUUUCAAAUUUUUAUUGAAUCAACCCCAUCAUCGUCGUUUUCAACGACGGAAGGAUCUGCCGAUGGUGUACGUGCAAUGGUGCCUGAAUUGAAUGUUUUGUUAAUAUCGGCGCGACAUCUACCGACUGUGUUUGGAUUUAAAAUGGUGCAAGGAUAUAAUAUUAAGGUAAAACUCUUUCCUGGAACGAAACGGUAUGACAGUACAAUUCAAACUAACUCAUGGCCAAAGUUCAAUGAGAAUUUUAGAUUUCCAUUGGCUCCAGAUAAAAAACCAUCGAUUAAAAGUUACACUAGAGGAAAGUCCGUAUCGGAAUUUUUACCAGAAGAACUAUUUACUGGACAUUUUGUUGUUUUUACUGUGUAUGCUCUUUUGGAACUACCACCAGCGAGUCUUAACAGAUUCAACAAAACCUACAGAUCUCUAAGAGAACGAAGCUCAUCGUUAGUUCAAAAAGUUGUAGACUCAAGUAACACCAAGCCAAAAGAUGAUGAUGCUUUUGGCAAGAACUCCAAAGCUGCUUAUUCAAAAACACAAGAAACAAUACAGCUCACUAGCAGUGAAGCGAAACGAAAUAUUGGUUCUGUAACUUGUUAUUUGGAACCAAAAGUAUUUAAGAGGAAUGCAAGAACGGGUCAAUUUUGUACGGAAGAACUUUGGCUGCCAAUUAAAGAUAUUACAACAACAGUAUUAAAAGACUCAAAUAGUCUGGCACAGUCAACGAAAGGGGUUGUUGAAUUAAUUCUUGAACUACAAGAUUUAAUUAAAGAUGAAAUUAAGGACUCAACAAGUACUUUAGAUGGCACAGAUCAAAAACCAAGUCAAACAACAAAACCUUCCAAUGGCAGCAGUAAAAGUUCAUGGCCAGGAUUAUCUGAAGUAAGACGAAAAAUAGGAAAAUCCAAUAACAAGCAGGAUAAAGGAUUACUAUUAAAAGUGACAACUUCUAGAAUGCGGUGCUCUAAUAAGGUGAAAGAUGAACUUGAAAGUUCAGCUGGAAGUGUUUAUAUCAAAACAACUAUUUUUGAGCACAAUAUUUAUUCGGAUUCUUGGAAGUCGACUUACUUCUUUCCAUCACUUUCGACCAAAUGGGAUCAUAACGAAUCAACUGUAACAAUACCAAUUAAAUUACCUGAAGAUCUUAAUAAUAUUCUCAUUAAAACAACACUGGCAACGAAAAAUAAAAUUGGAAAGAAAAUGUUUCUUGGAACAGUGAUAAUUGGUCCCACUGUGUCAGGUUCAGGAAUAGAACAUUGGCAAAAUGUGGAAAAUACGAGAAACGAAAAAAUUCCUAUGUGGCAUAGUUUUCAAUAAACGAUAUUAGUUAUAAUAA